AUGGCCCAUAUUUUCCUCCAGAGAAGUUCAACAUGCGAGACCCAAGGAACGGAAAGGCGUCAAGAAGGCAGAUUCACCUUCGAUAAUGACCCCACCGACGACGACUCGCAUGCUUUUCGCUUUCAGCACCAGCAUUCCAUAUUUUCCCCUUGCCCGACUGUUCAAAAACUAACCCAAGCUAAGGACUAUGUGGAGUCCCUGCAUCAAAAUGAGCGCGCGCCAUUACUCUAUGGCAAAAACAAUGUCAUUGUUCAGCCCAGUUUGAGUACCACCCGAAUUUCUGGUUACUUGUCGAUGCAUAAAACAGGAACCGAUGAUGACUCUGGUAUCAAAUUGAAGUGGGCGCCAAAUAGAGCAAUGUCUGUGCCUCAAGAGCAUGAAGAACAAUGGCAGAAGAAGCGAGUACAGAAGCAACCUCGUCUAAAUGGUCAAGAUCUCAUCAAAAGUACCGAAGAUGUAUCUAACAUCCUGUUUAAUGAAUCUAGUUACUGGGACUUUGCGUUGGAUAUUGACAUUAAAAAGGUCGUGUAUAUACACUGUCACCGACACUAUUUUGAUGACUACGGAGGCACAGUGAUACUAGUACGCUCCGACGGAGUCCAAUAUCCCCCUUUGGAUUUUCCGACAUUUUCUCAGGUGAUCUCCUUUAUGCAAUGUCUAGAAACCCACCUGGCUCCCAAGGGUUCUCUCAAUCCCCCAACAGAUGAAGUCAACUGGAAUGAGAUUACGGGACCAGCCAAAAGUGAUUCCACCCCUGUGUCUCCGACGGAAGACAGUGGGCUGCUACCCUCACCGACGUCUAAAAAACACACUCAAUUCUGCUUCCGUAUUGACAUAGCAGAAACUCUGCCACUUGUAAAACAGGAAACUGGCUUCCGCUUCUUUUCAUCAACCCGACGUAGCGGUCCACGUGAGAAGGCUCCUUCCACGGAUAACUUGAAUAACACUAGCAAAUCCAGCACCCCUUCUGAAAUUCUUCCACAAAUCCCUGUCAAUGCAAUUGAUGCAUUCUCCAAUACCUACCAUACAAUGCAACAGCAGAUACUCACUCGUGUGUUCAACGGAUGGCUCGCAUAUACUCGUUCACUAAAUCAAAUACGAAAUAAGCUUCAAACCCUGGUCUAUCCACGAUAUUUGAUGCCGAAACCUCCACCUACUGAACCGGAACCCCUCACAGCAGAUUUCUGGUACAAAUUCCGACAUUCUGGCGGAAAGGUGCGAAUGUUACAACGUGUUUACUACUACCUCUUUUUCUUUGGGCACAAUGCUAUAUAG